UCUCUCUCUCUCUCGUGUUCUCGUGUGAUGUUCGCGUUUCGGUCUCCCCAAACCGUUCAACAACCCCCUCCUCCUCCUCCUCCUCCUCCGCCUUUCAGCAAACACCUCAAGUGCACGGCCGCUCGCGGCUCCUGCAGACCGACCCUCUGCUCUUCAGCAUCGAACCCCACCAUUUCCACCUCCACCUCCACGUCCACGUCCACCUCCACCGCCGACAAGAACCACGUCAUCCAACGUCUGUGCAAGAGGGGCGAACUGAAGCGGGCGCUGCGCGUCCUAUCUCAAGAACCCGACCCCACCCAGCGCACCUACGAGCUCUUGAUCCUGUCUUGCGCCCGCCGGAACUCUCUCCCCGACGGCCUCAGCGUUCACCGCCAUCUCUUGGAGAAUGGGUUCGACCAGGACCCGUUCCUGGCGACCAAGCUUAUCAACAUGUACUCCGAGCUGGACGCCGUCGAGAAUGCCCGGAAGGUGUUUGAGGAAACUCGCGUGAGAACUAUCUAUGUUUGGAACGCGCUGUUUAGGGCGCUCACCUUGGCGGGUCAUGGACGCGAGGUCUUUGACUUGUAUAGAAGGAUGAACCGGGUCGGGAUUCCUUCGGAUAGGUUCACGUACACCUAUGUGUUGAAAGCAUGCGUGGCUUCGGAAUGCGCCCUCUCGCUUUUGAAUAAGGGAAGGGAGAUUCAUGCCCAAAUUCUGCGGCAUGGGUACGGGGGCCAUGUUCAUAUCAUGACUACUUUGGUGGACAUGUAUGCCAGGUUUGGGUGCGUGAAAUGCGCCGGAAUCGUGUUUGGCGAGAUGCCGGAGAAAAAUGUAGUUUCUUGGAGUGCAAUGAUAGCUUGUUAUGCUAAAAAUGGGAUGCCUUUUGAGGCUUUGGAACUUUUCAGGGAGAUGAUGCUUAUGACCCAUGAUUUGCUUCCAAAUUCUGUGACCAUGGUCAGCGUGCUGCAAGCCUGUGCUGCGCUUGCUGCAUUGGAGCAGGGUAGGUUGAUUCACGGAUAUCUUCUGCGAAGAGGUCUGGACUCGAUCUUGCCGGUCAUUAGUGCUCUGGUGACAAUGUAUGCAAGAUGCGGUAAGCUUGACCGAGCUCAACAAGUUUUUGAUAAGAUGGAUGAGAGGGAUGUAGUUUCCUGGAAUUCAUUAAUCUCGGGUUAUGGGGUUCACGGGUUUGGAGAGAGGGCAAUUCGGGUUUUCAACGAGAUGAUCAUCAGUGGAAUCUCGCCGAGUCCCAUAUCCUUCGUUAGUGUUUUAGGAGCCUGCAGCCAUGCAGGGCUUGUCGAGGAUGGGAAGAUGUUGUUCGAUUCGAUGGUAAGGGAACAUAGGAUUUUCCCUAGUGUGGAGCAUUAUGCUUGCAUGGUGGAUCUUCUUGGCCGGGCAAAUAGAUUAGAUGAAGCAGUCAAAGUCAUAGAAGAGAUGCGGAUUGAACCAGGACCUAAAGUUUGGGGAUCGCUCCUUGGAUCGUGCAGGAUUCAUUGCAAUGUCGAGCUUGCAGAAAGAGCGAGCGCAAGGCUUUUCGAGCUCGAACCCAUGAAUGCUGGAAAUUAUGUUCUCCUAGCCGAUAUCUACGCGGAGGCCAAGAUGUGGGAUGAGGUGAGAAGAGUGAAGAAACUUCUCGAAGCUCGGAGACUGCAAAAGGUCCCCGGUCGCAGUUGGACUGAAGUCAAAAGGAAGAUAUAUUCCUUUGCUUCAGUCGAUGAAUUGAAUCCACAGAUUGAGCAGCUCCAUGCCUUGUUGCUGAAUUUGUCAAUGGAGAUGAAGGAAGACGGGUAUGUGCCGCAAACCGAAAUUGUGCAUUACGAUCUUGAUUUGGAGGAGAAGGAACGCAUUUUGUUGGGGCACAGUGAAAAACUAGCCGUGGCCUUUGGACUCAUCAACAGCGCCAAGGGGGAGACGAUACGGGUUACCAAGAACUUGAGGUUAUGUGAAGACUGUCACUCUGUGACGAAAUUCAUUUCCAAGUAUACAAAGAGAGAGAUCCUCGUCCGGGACGUGAAUCGUAUUCACCGUUUCAAAGAUGGGGCAUGCUCCUGCGGGGAUUAUUGGUAGCUGCCGGCACGAUUCAUUCGAUAAACCUCUCUUUAACACAAGGCAAAAAGUAUAGUUCAGGAUCCCAGAACGUCGCCGAAACUCAACCAUGCUCGUGCUGUGAAUGAAGGAAUGAAGGCGUCCGGAACUUACAUUCGACGACAAAUUCAAUCUGUCCCUCCAAUCGUGAUUUACAUACAGAGGGUUGUCUGAGAACAAGGAGAGAGCGACCUGAUGUACCGUCUGAAACAACACAUUUUACUUGUAUAGCUUUUCUGUACUCAUAAGAUCACAAUGGCAUUUGAUGAAUGAAUGUCACAGUUAAAUGAGCUUUCUCGGUUUUUCUCUCUA